GAAUGGACAGUUGCUGCUGUGCGGUAAUUCUAUCCUCCCGUCUCCAGUGGCCGCUGUGGCGUUGCGUCUUUGCCGGUAUAGACACCACCGAGCUGUGCGCCGCUCCCCGUGUUCCCAUAACAUACAGCCGGGUGAUGCUUAUAAGCUUCAGGUAUCACUAGAGAUCCGUAUAGAUCCGGCCACAGGUGAGCGCCAUGUCCAGUCUCCAGAGACCGGCUCCUCCCGCGCAGAACGUCAGCCUCAGCCUGGAGCAGGUGAAAGAGGCAUUAGGGGAGGUGCUGGACGCUUUGCAGUCGCCCACCGGAAGCGCUCGCCUGGAGGAGGCCAGAGAGAAUUCUGGGAACGACCUGGGGAAAGUGCUGCAGCUUCUGCUCCCUGCGGCCGUACAGAUCCAGCAGGAGGUGCUGCAGAAUUAUGGAUUCAGCCCCGAUGGGGAGGGUGUUCUCCGAUUUGCUCGUCUGGUGAAAUCCUUUGAGUCCCAGGACCCGGAGAUCGCGGCCAUGUCCAACAAGCUGAAAUCCUUCUUCCUUCCGCCUCUGCCCCUGCCCCCUCACGCCGGGCUGCCCAUCCCCUCAUCCUAAGACUUCUGGCCGUGGCCUCGUCACUACACAGGACUGUGCCGUCUGGAUCUUACCCUUCUAUUAUCUUACGUGCAAUUAAAUGUAUUGGUUUCUUUUUCUACCAA